UGGUGAGGAAGAUAUUUCUUGUAAUCGCGUGUCUGUUUUUGCAUAUGAUAUCCGCUGGGAUGAGCCUCUCAUUUGGCGUUUUAUACAGGGAAAUGAGGAUAGAGUUCGGGUCAAGUCAGUCAGAAGCGGCCUGGAUUGCGUCUUUUUACAACGGAUUGCUAGGACUUGUGGGUAUUCCACUGAGUUUUAUUACUAACAAGAUAGGUGAGAGAUGGCCGGCGGUGUGUGGUUCGGUACUUCUAUCACUUGGCAUGCUGGCAAGUAUGUUUGCAACCAAAAUGAGCAAUGUGUAUAUGACAUACGGGCUACUUGCAGGUUUAGGCGCUGGAACAUUACAUUACUGCGGAUAUACUGUCCUGACACCUCACUUUGACAACAGAUUGCGCCCUAUGGCAAUGACUGUUGCCAGUGCUGGAAUUCCACUGAGUGCUUUGAUAUUACCGCCUGUCCUAACAAUACUGAUAGAACAAUUUGAUUGGAGGAAAGCUUUCAUGUUUCUCGCAUGCUUAUCAUUUCUUGGGAUACCAGCAGGUCUUAGUUUCUUUCCACUGAAACUACACAUAGACUCCGAGUCAGAAUCAAGUCGUGGCCAACAAAACAGUUGGAAGUUAUCUCUAUCAAGAUGUCUAAAAAACCUUAACUACAUGUUAUACUUUGUGACAACGUGUGUAGUAUUUCUCGUUUUUUUUGCUCCUGCAACAUUUUUAUCGGACCUUAUGCAUGAAUUCGGUAGAAGUUCGAGUGACGUGUAUAUCUGUUUGAUGACAAUGGGAGCUUGUGACCUGGUUGGUAGAUUGCUGUCUGGAGUUUUGGUGCACAAGAUGCCGAGUAAGUUGGCAUUAAUUCACAGCGCCGGCAUAAUGAUUCUGAGUGUGUCAUCAGGUCUCAUUGCGUUAUCGAGAUCUAUUGGAACUUUCGUUCUCAUGUCAGCAUUUGUUGGUUUAGGUACAGGUUGUUUUGCUGGAUUACACUUCGUCAUGUCCGCUCAUUUACUUCCUAUUGUAGACGUCAGAUUCGGUUAUGGCUUUGUUUCGACUUUUGGGGGAUUGUCACUUGUAGCGGGGAUGCCUCUUGCAGGAUUUGUAAGCGAUUUCUUCAAGACAGAAAGGGGAGCAUUUAUUUUUUCAAGUGCGCUGUUAUUUAUCGGUUCCUUGCUUGAACUCAUAAUUGGAGUUAGGCAAGUAUGUGGACAGAAAUCAAGGAAGUCAUAUGUUAUGGCAUCUGUGGAAAAUACUGCAUACGUUACAGGUGAAGAGCUUCAAGUUCAUAGUAAGAAAAGAGAUGAUGUUGUCGUUGUUGAUUCUUCGUAUAUUUGACUGUAUGAGAAAAGCAAUAUAGAUUCUAUGCACAUGUAUGUUGUAAUUGUUCUUAAGUUAGGCGGAAUUAAUAUAUAAUUGUAUAAUAUCUAUGCUGCCUUUUAAUUUCUGUUCUUAUUGCAUGUAUCUAUAUUGAAUACAACAUUUUAUGCAUUCAUUUGCCUGUAUUUCAUAUG